GUUUUUAUUCCGUAGUGAAGUAAAAGCGUCGCUGUAUCAAGAUGGCGGACAAACAGGGCGAUUCAGGUAGUGAUACAGACAGCACAGAAGAGCCAGUGGUUGGAAAUGUAAACAAAUUUGCAGUAGUGCCACCUAACUACUCAGGGAAACCAAGGAGAGGUCAUCUCAUAUUUGAUGCAUGUUUUGAAAGUGGAAACCUGGGUCGUGUUGAUUACAUCACAGAGACAGAAUAUGACUUGUUUAUACGACCGGACACAUGCAACCCUAGAUUUCGUGUUUGGUUUAAUUUCACUGUGGAAAAUGUCAAGUCAGAUCAGAGAGUCAUCUUUAAUAUUGUCAACUUCAGUAAAACAAAAUCCCUCUACAGGGAUGGUAUGACACCAAUGGUCAAAUCAACCAGCAGGCCUAAGUGGGUUAGAGUGCCAUCAAAGUUUGUUUACUACUACCGCUGCCCAGACCAUCGCAAAAACUAUGUCAUGUCCUUUGCCUUUGUUUUCGAUCGUGAAGAAGAUACCUACCAGUUUGCUUACUGCUACCCAUAUUCCUACACAAGGUUACAGAACUAUCUCGAUAACUUAGAAAAAAGAAACUAUGAUUUUUUUACCAGAGAGCUGUUGUGCUUAACGGUGCAACAACGAAGGCUUGAUCUUCUAACCAUAGCUAGUCCUGAUUUGUAUGCUGGGGAGAAUGAGAAAUUAAAAACUGUGUUGAUAACAGCCAGGGUACACCCAGGGGAGACCCCGUCAUCAUUUGUUUGUCAGGGGAUCAUUGAUUUUUUAGUGAGCAACCAUCCUAUUGCUAAAAUACUGAGGGACCAUCUUGUUUUUAAAAUAGUUCCAAUGUUGAAUCCUGACGGUGUUUACUUGGGAAAUUACAGGUGUUCACUGAUGGGCUUUGACCUCAACAGGCACUGGCAGGAGCCAUCCCCCUGGGCCCACCCCACGCUGUAUGCUACAAAAAAUUUACUCAUGGAACUUGACAGGAAUCAGAAACACGACAUGGACUUUUACAUUGAUCUUCACGCCCACUCCACACUGAUGAACGGGUUCAUGUACGGGAACAUCUACGAUGACACAGAGCGCUAUGAGAAGCAGUCUGUCUUCCCCAAGUUGCUGUGUAGCAAUGCUGAAGACUUCUCCCUCACCAACACAAACUUCAACAGAGACGCGGUCAAGGCUGGCACGGGGCGCAGAACGCUAGGCAGCUGUCUGGACGAGUCUCAUUGUUACACGUUGGAGGUCUCCUUCUUCAGCUACCAGACCAACAGCACGGGACAAUCAAUGCCCUACACAGAGGAAGCUUAUAUGAAGCUGGGGCGAAACGUGGCGCGCACCUUCCUCGAUUACUACAAGCUGAUGGGCUACAUCAGCGUCAAGCCCAGCAGCAGUCUCGUGCCCAAACCCGCGCCCAGCAACGCGCCCAGGCACAGCGAGAGGGGCAACGGCGGGGAGAGGGCGCCGUCAGAGCCCAUGACAAAAUCACAGGGUGAUACAGUCUACAACAACAGUAGCAGAUCGGAGCGUCGUGAUGACCGGUUCAACCAGAAGCCGUCUGAGUUCAUGAUUCCAUCCGCCAACAUUUACCCAGAGAUGACUUCCGGCGUGCGAAUCAACCGAGACGGUCGCCACUUGUAGGGGAGACAACUUGUGCAAGAGCGCAACAUUUGAUGCUAGAGCACGGGUUCCCAACCUGGGGGUCGCGACCCCCCUGGGGGUCGCGAAGGUCUUUUUGGGGGGUCGCCAACUGGUAUACUAAACCUUAGUAGUUUGAAACAAAACAUAAAUAUUUAGAAAAAAUUUUGAAAUUCGGCUUUAUUAACAUCACUGGAAAUGUAAUAGAGAAGAAACAAAGCGCAUUGUACAAAGUUGUUCUCAGUCACGCAUGUAUACAAUCUUCAAAACUAAAACGUCAUUUGAGACGAGUCAUUCGGAACACACACAAAAAUAUAUGGAGUUCUUUCGUCGGUAAGAAGCUAGUUGCAAACGCCAGAGACUUGAUCGAACAGGAAGUUUUCACCAGCAUUAGUGCAAGCAUCAAAUGAAAUCGCGAUAGAAAAUGCCAAGCAAAAAAAAAAAAAAAAAAUAGGAGAAAAUCUCAUCAAACGCUGCAUGUACGUUAAUGUUAAAUAACACAUUUUUAUUGAAAUUAAGCUUUCACCAUUGUUUGCUU